AUGAUUAACUUAAAUGCACUGAUUCUGUUGACUCAUGAAGAUUUUAUUGAAGGCACUGCAAAAUACCUCGAGGAUAAGGAUACUUUGAAUAGUCACUCAAAGCAAUACUACGAUUCUAAGGUUUCUGAACCUUUAAAAUAUCUUGACGAAGCUCUCAUAACUCAAAAGUCAGCCUCUGAUGAUCAUUAA